UAGCUGACGCCCCGCCCCGCUGGUGCCUCGCCAAGGCCAGGGGACAACCUGCGGCCCCGCCAGUCCGCGCCGGGUGCCGGGUCUCCUGCGUCUCCGCACGGGUGGCGCGCCGUGGGAGCCAUGGCUGUCAGGAAAGCACUGAUCGUCCUGGCCCACGCCGAGAGGACGUCCUUCAACUAUGCCAUGAAGGAGGCCGCCGUGGAGGCCUUGAAGAGGACAGGCUGGGAGGUGGCCGAGUCGGACCUGUACGCCAUGAACUUCAACCCCGUCCUUUCCAGGAAGGACAUCACAGGCAAGCUGAAGGACCCCGAGAACUUCCAGUACCCUGCCGAGUCCACUCUGGCUUAUAAGGAAGGCCGGCUGAGCCCGGACAUCGUGGCCGAGCAGAAGAAGCUGCAGGCCGCAGACCUGGUGGUAUUUCAGUUCCCGCUGCAGUGGUUUGGAGUCCCUGCCAUUCUGAAGGGCUGGUACGAGCGAGUGCUCAUCGGGGAGUUCGCCUACACGUACGCCUCCAUGUAUGACAAGGGGCCCUUCCGGAAGAAGAAGGCUCUGCUUUCCAUCACCACGGGAGGCAGCGGCUCCAUGUACUCUCUCCAGGGUAUCCACGGGGACAUGAACAUCAUUCUCUGGCCAAUUCAGAGCGGCAUUCUGCAUUUCUGUGGAUUCCAAGUCCUGGAACCUCAGCUGACGUACAGCAUCGGGCACACUCCAGAGGACGCCCGGGUCCAGAUCCUGCAGCGGUGGAAGGAGCGCCUGGGGAGUAUUUGGGAUGAGGCUCCUCUGUAUUUUCCUCCAAGCAGCCUUUUUGACCUAAACUUCCAGACAGGGUUCUUAAUGAAAAAAGAGGUGCAAGAAGAGCAGAAAAACAAGGCAGUUGGCCUCUCUGUGGGCCAUCACUUGGGCAAGUCCAUCCCAACUGACAACCAGAUCAAAGCCAGCAAAUAAGAUCCCUAAGCUUUGAUCAGGCCUCCCUUCUUGCUUCAGUGCUUCCGAUUGGGGUUUUCUUAUCCCAUGAGACAUGAGUAGCAGGGGCUGCACUGUGGCACAGCGGGUUAAAGCUCUGGCCUGAAGCGCCGGCAUCCCAUGUGGGCACUGGUACAAGUCCUGGCUGCUCCACUUCAGAUCCGGCCCUUUGCUAUGGCCUGGGAAAGCAGUGGAUGACGACCCAAGUGGAUGACCCCCCACAUGGGGGGCCCAGAGGAAGCUCCUGGCUCCUGGCUUCGGAUUGGCUUAGCUCCGGCCGCUGCAACCAUUUGGGGAAGUGAACCAGUGGAUGGGAGACCUCUCUCUCUACCUCUCUAUAUAACUGUCUUUCAAAUAAAUAAAUCUUUAACAAAAAUGACUAGGAGAAGUAACAUCCUCUAUUCACAUAUUUUACAGCACUUUAAUUUUAUUGCUAAAUGAAACAUGAUUAGGUUGUUAUGACAUAGAAACAAAAUCUGAUUAGGCUCAAGAGGCCAUUUUAAGACAUAUGUCAGGGAAAGGCAUGCAAGAACGCCAGAAGGGAUUCUUUAGGGUUAUCCAUAAGUUUAAUUUUUUUAAAAUUAAACUUUAUCUAUCUGAGAGGCAGAAUGUGAGAAUGCCUAUCUGCUGGGUCACUCCCCAAAUGCCUACAUCAGCCAGGACUGGGCUGGGCUGCAGUCCGUGCUGGGAAUCAAUCCAAGUCUCUCACUCAGCAGGAGGAACCCAACCCCUUGAGCAGUCCUCUCCUGCUGCCUUCUGGCACCGUGCCGGCAGGAAGCUGUGCCAGGAAUUGAACCCGGGUUAGUACUCCAAUAGGAGUUGCCCUGGAUUCUUUGUUUUUAGGGCUAAAUUUUUAGGACUAACUCUGGCUAGAGAGCAUCCAAUUCUCCGAUGACCUAUUUUAAUUACCUCUCUGUGGUUUAUGGCAGAAGGGAAUUGCUCAAAGAAAUGACUGAAUCCAUCAGACCUAAGGGACUUGUUUGGUCGUUAGUAAUCUGACGCUUGUUUGUGAUAUAUAUUUGUUUCAAUUACUACCCAGUGACUAAUAUUCCUGAUAUGAGGAUUACUCUACCUUCAGCUUACCUUGUUUGUGUAGAGCUCACACAGAUACCCUGAAAUGAAUAACUACGAUCUCUACCUCACUUCAAUCUUUUUAAAUAAGAGAUUAAUUUAUUUUAUUUAUUUGAAAGGCAUUGAGAGAGGGACUCAUCUUUCUGCUAGGUCACUUAGCAAAUGCCUACAACAGUGGAGGCAGGUCAAGCUGAAGCCAAGAGCCAGGAACUCCACCUGGGUCUCCCAUGUGGGUUGCAAGAACCCAACUACUAGCGCCAUCAUCUGCUGCCUCCCAGGCAUGUUAGCAGGAAGCUAUAUCAGAAGUGCGGAGGAGCUGGGACAUGAACCAGGCACUCCAAAAUAGGAUGUGGGCAUUGCAAGUGGCGGCUUAACCCACUGAAUCACAAUGCCCACCCCUCAAUUUUCUAAUUUAAUGUUUGCAGGAGUAAGCCAACAUAUCUACACCCUACAAGUGCUACAUGAAUUCAGGAAAGGCAACCUUAAAUAUUUAAAAGUUUUCCCCCUAAACUAACCUUAUUUGUGAUCUAUACAAACUUCUGAAAGGCUGUUUUCUGUAUUAUUGCUAAACUGAAGACUUUCCUUUUAAGGCUGUAUUUUGGCCUCAGAAUUUUAGGAUGAAAUUCUAAGCCCAGAGUUUUAGUAACUUUUUUAAAAAUUUUUUUAAAAAAAUUUUUUGACAGGCAGAGUUAGACAGUGAGAGAGAGAGAGAGAAAGGUCUUCCUUCCGUUGGUUCACCUCCCAAGUGGCUGCUACGGCCAGCGCGCUGCGCCGAUCCGAAGCCAGGAGCCAGGUGCUUCCUCUUGGUCUCUCUUGCGGGUGCAGGGCAUUCUCCACUGCCUUCCCGGGCCACAGCAGAGAGCUGGACUGGAAGAGGAGCAACCGGGACAGAAGCAAUGCCCCAACCAGGACUAGAACCCAGGGUGCCGGCACCAUAGGCGGAGGAUUAGCCUAGUGAGCCGUGGCGCCAGCCGAGUUUUAAUAACUUUGAACAGUUUUGUCAUAGCAUUCUGAUUUUUGUUUAAAUUCUUGAAGUACCUCUUUUCAUACUGUUGGUCUAAUAAUCCAAAUAGAAUAUAAGACUGCCCUCUUGUGGUGUGUGCAAAAAAGUAAGAGAAAUGUUGCUAAGCAAGGUUGCCUGCAAAUGGCAAACAGCUCACAGGAGAACCACAUGCACAGAUGCUGGCUGCUGGCUGGCGCUGGCUUUCUUCUCUAAACAAUAUCCAUGGUAGCAGAUGGCUGGGUGUUGUCUUCUUCACGGUGAUUUUGUAUAAAUUUCUGAAAGUUUCAAAUAAAAUCUAAAUAAAUAUAGGACCAUACUCAUUGGUAUCAGUGACACUAGUGACAUCAGCAUUCAGGCAAAAGCAGAAUCUGCUGGAAGAUGGGACCAGAGAAUUAUUAAAUUACAGGCCACAAACCCACAGGUAUAUAGUUUGAGAACUUGCUCAACAGGGCUGCUUUAUACUGAAUGGUAAUGGGACAACCUAUUCAGAUCCUCCCACAAACUUAAACUAGAACCAGGAAAGGGGUGGGCAGUUGGUGGGGUGCCACUUGGGUUACCCAUUUCCCACACUGAAGUGCCUUGGUUUGAGUCCUGCUACACUUGGACCUCCAGCUUCCUGCUAACGCAGACCAUGGGAGGUGGCAGCAAUGGCUCAACAUGCCUGCCACACACAUAGGGAACCUGGAUUGAGUUUCUGGCUCCUCGUUUGCACAUUUGGGGGAGUAAAUCAGAAGAUGGGACAUCUCUGUCUUUGCCUUGCAAAUCUGAGAGCCAGAGAAUAGAGCAGUGUAGAAAUCAAAAAUGUGGGGCCGGCACUGUGGCACAGCGGGUUAAUGCCCUGGCCUGAAGCGACGGCAUCCCAAAUGGGUGCCGGUUCGAGUCUUGGCUACUCUACUUCCUAUCCAGCUCUCUGCUAUGGAAGAAGCUCCUGGCUCCUGAUCGGCGCAGUUCCGGCCGUUGCAGCCAAUUGAGGAGUGAACCAUUGCACGAAGACUCUCUCUCUCUUUCUCUGCCUCUCCUUUCUCUGUGUAACUCUUUCAAAUAAAUAAAAAGAAAUCUUUAAAAAAAUCAAUAAAAAUGUAAAUGUAAAUGCCCUCAGGACAAUACUUAUGCCCUGAUUUAUCUAAUCACUGGGCUUGGAAGUUGCACUGGGAAUACAAUGAACAAAGCCAAGUACCUGCCCUCAUAGCACUUAGAUUUUAAUGUAAAUGUGAUAAGAGACAAGCUGACUUACUUAUCUGAAAGUCCAAAUUAGAGAGAUGAGCUUCUAUCUGCUGAUUCAUCCCCCAGAUGGCUUCAAUGGUCCAGGCUAGGCAGGCCAAAGCCUGGAGCCAGGAGCUUCUUCAGUCUUCCACAAAGCACUUGGGCCAUCUUCUGCUGCUUUUCCCAGGUGAAUUAGCAGGGAGCUGGAUCAGAAGUGGAGCAGCUGGGACUCCAACUGGCACCAAUAACGGUUGCUGGCACUGGAGGCAGCAGUUUCCCCGGUAGGUCAUGCCGGCCCCUCCGUGAACUUUUUGAAGCCCCCUUAUGUAUGUAUGUUAUUUUAAGUGACUAUUCAUUUAGGGGUUACGCAUGGGAUGUCAAAAAUUGCCACUGUUUCUUAGAGUCAAUAGUCUGAUAAGGUAUAAGCAUCCUAUUGAAACCAGCAUCUCAAGAUGAGUGCUCAGCCUAGCAGCUAACACACCAUUUGGGACACUCACAUCACUUAUCGGAAUGCCUGGGUUCGAGUCCUGGCUCUGCUUCUGGUUCCAGCUUUCUGCUAAUGUCUACCCUGGGAGGAAGCAGGUGAUAGCCCAAGGAGUUCGGUCAUUGCCACCCACAUCGUAGACCUGCGUUGAGUUUCUGGCUCCUGGCUUUUGCCUAGCCUUGCCCACACUCUGUCUUUCAAAUAAAUAAAAAGUAACACCAUACCUCUUUUUAAAAAGAUUUAUUUAUUUGAAAGGCGGAGAUACAGAGAGGCCGGGGGCGGAGAGGGAGAGAGGUCUUCUGUCUUCUGGUUGCAGAUGGCUGCAAUGGCCAGAGCUGCACCAAUCUGAAGCCAGGAGCCGGGAGCUUCUUUCAGGUCUUGCAGGGGCCCAAGGACUUGGGCCAUCUUCUACUGCUCUCCCAGGCCAUAGCAGAGAGCUGGAUAGGAAGUGGAGCAGCCAGGACUCAAACUGGCACCUGUAUGGGAUGCUGGCACUACUGGCGGCAGCUUUACCCUCUAUGUCACAGCACCAGCCCUGCCACAUCUCUUAAGCUUUAGUUUUAUGCACAUAAUGAUAUAUUCUGUAUUAGUAUUUAUUUAAUAUUAUACUUUAAUAUGACUCACUUCCCCCACAUGGUCUGGUAGGGGAACACAUUUUUUUCUAGUUUCACUAAAAUACAUAUAAGUUUAAAAAUGUGUAGUAUGUUACCCAUACAACCCCUAAAAUUGCUCUGAGAUUGGGAGGUUGGGAGAUUUUUCAUCAAAAACAUCUCCAUGGGUAUAUGUUAAACAAAGGACAUUUAAACUAAGUAAAACAGUAAAACAAA